CAAAACAUCAAAAUAAUGUGACAGAUGGUUUCCGGUUCUUGAUUUUUGUUUAUAGUUUUAUAUUGUAAGUUGUGUUCGUAUAAAUAUGAUUAAAAUAUCAGCAUUAAAUGAUGAAUCAGACGAAGAAAGUGGUUCCGAAGAGGAAGUAACGAGAGAAGCUCUCGAACAGAUCGCCUUACAACAAUAUGCAAAAGCUCUUGAUCUUCAGCGAAAGGGCAAUCUUACUGACGCAACACAGCUUUUAAAAGAUUUACUGGACACAGAACUGUUGUACAAUGUUAAAAAACCUGCUCCUGGUGAGAAAGUGUCCAGUCCAUUGUUUAAUUUAAAAUACUUAUGCUACAAAAACUUAGCUGCAAUGCAGAAUGCUGCAGAUGAGUUGGAAGCGGCUAUAGAAUCGUAUAUUGCGGCUUCAGAGCUCGAUGAUACUGAUGUUACACUGUGGCAUAGCUUUGGUUUGUUAUGUAUGCGAGCAAAACAUUAUGAAACUGCUCUACAGGCAUUCCAGCGUGGUGUCCUUCAAAAUCCUAGCCAUUGGCCAUGUAUAGAUAAAAUAAUCACACUGUUAUUGGGACUAGACUAUAAAGAUGAGUGUAUUAUCGCUAUUUAUGAUGCCCUACAGCUUGAUCCGGACUAUUUAAGAGGUUUGGUAUACCGUAAGUACAUUUAUAAAGAGUUUCCAUACAUUAGAAAUUACAUGGAGUAUUCAAAUCCAGUUUACAAAUGGAAUGAGAAAGAUGAUGAACCAUUUGAUGAAGAAAUUGGUACAAGACUUAUACAAGAAGCUAGUGAUAUUAAUAAAAUAUUUGUUGAACAGCAAAUUUCUGAGCAAUUUAAAUCUGUUUUGCCAAAUUUAAAGUUGAAAAAACCUAUAAGUAGUCUAACAUGGAGCGCUGUUGGUGAGUCACUGAUUCAUAUGCACAAGUACAUGACAGAGAACUAUUUCAGCCAUGCCUGUUAUCUAGCACUAGUUUUUGAGAAAGCUGAAAUUGAAGAGAAAAUGGAGGUAUGUGAGAUAGAGGAGAAAGAAAUUGAAUACACAGAUAAUAAAAUUGAUGACAUAAAUACAGAUACUGAGAAGAAUGUAGAAAAUGUAUCAGAGAAUGAGAAUAAUGAAUUAUCUGAUAAACAAGUUACGGAUACAGAGAAAGUGGAAAGUGAUGUGGAAAUGGUUGCUUCGGAAUCUGCUGCUGAGACUGCUCCGGAGCCUAAAGUACAAAAGAAAACGACAGUCCGCCGCAGAGGCAGUGCUCUUAGCUUCCUAGAACAAUGGGAGUGGUGCAACAAACGACGUUCGGGACGUAAGAAACCAAGCAACAAGCAAGAACGCUGUGAUGACAACAUUUAUGACACACUGAGAAGAAUGGUUCCUAUAGCUUUAUCACCAGAAACGAUUGAAGAGAAAGAAAACCAGGAUAAAGAUAUUUCAACAGAUCUAACAAAUCUUACUUUAUUAUUUGAAGAAAAAGAGAAAUCAGAUUCUAAAAUUGAAGAAGAAUAUUUUGGUAGUGAGAAUGAGCAGGUAGAUGUUAAAGAGUUCAUAAAUAAAUAUAAAGAAAGUAAAAGGGAUAUAAUAGAUAUAUUAAAAGACUUUCUUUCAUUAUUAGCUUCAAAGUGGAAAGUAAAAUGGCCUGAAGAUUUAACAAGUGUAUUUGUUGAAGCAAACAAUUGUUACAACACACAUAUAGAUGUACCAGCUUGCCGUGAUGAAAAUAAAGAUGAUUUGUUAAAUUACAUUGCUAUUAACAUCUUAGCUGAAGAAAUAUCAGUUAAUACCAAGCUCAAUCAAAAUGUUAAUGAAAAAUCUGGGCAUGAGUUAGGAGUUAUAGAAUCUAUUGGUUUGAUAUUGGCUUCAAAACCACACCUUUUCGCAAGUACAAUUUGCCUAGAAUACAUAAUAAGACAACUCUGGGUUAAAAUUCAUGCUUAUUUACUCAAUAAAUGUGAAGACUUUGCCCUUGACAGCCUUUACCAUCUCCUCUGUGAAUUUGAAGCAAUGGGAGAGCAUCAUGAUAAUUACACUAUGAAUAAUAUCAAUUUCACUUUUAAACCUCUUAUAACCGAAGGUGAAAUUACAGAGUACAUCAUGUUUUUAGAAAGAAACAAGAAGCUGUCCACUGUCAUGGAAUUGUAUAAUAAGGGGCAUUAUGAAGAAGUAUUGGAAAUCGUAAUAGACUCAUUUGAACAUUGUAAAGAUAUGGCAAAAACACAAGAGGAAGAAAUGUCUUUGGACUUUGCAGUUCAGUUGUCAAUUAUUUUAGACACGUGUUGGGCUUUAGACAAAGUUGAAACUUGCUUCAAAUGGUCCCUGACCUGUCUGCAUGAAGCUUUGAAACACUAUUUCCGAUUUACUUCUGGAUCCAAGGACUAUGAGAAGUGGACAAUGACUGUUGUUAAAGUACUAUCCUGUAUGGAACACAUUUUAACUACAGAAGGACUAAACUGUUUAGAAUCCGUUUCGCAAAAAGAGCUAAGUCAAGCGUUAGAGAAUCUCAUUAGAAUAAUUGGUCACCAAGUCGAAACGAAUGCAACAGAAAUGCCCUUCGGAACUGUCGCACCAUGGGUCAUAAUGCACUACAUUUUACAACGAGAAGACGACCAAGGUAGAGGACGCACGAUCUCAGACAACGACAGAGUAGCCUGUGAUGAAGUACCCAAUCCGCUUAUGGUUUUAUUCAUUGGUCAUGAGCAACUAGGAAAUAGAAGUUGGUGUGUUCACUCAGACGCAAAACUUUUGUAUUUUAUUUUAGAUACCGUGGUGCCGCGUCUUCGAUCUCCGUCGUUAGCGAAAUCUUUAGAACAAGUGUGUCAAUACAUGGAACAGUGUGUGUUCUGUUUGUAUGGACACCCAGGCAAGAAGACUAAAUCCAAAAAUUCGCCAUUGAAAGAUCAUGGUGUUCGAUCUCAUUCAUUGGAUUGGAAGAGAGCGCAGCAAUUGUACGAGGUGUUUAGGCCUCAUAUACUCCCAGCUUUGGAAGGCAAAGUGCCGGGCAUUACGACUGAUGUUGAGCAGCUGUUUCAUCGUAUUCUUGCCCUGUUGCCCACAGAAUGCGAUCCAAAUAAGUAUUUGCCCGACUUAGAGAAAUACAUCAAAGGUAUCGAUAAUAAAUUACCAACGGUGCCGCCUCUAUUACCCUAUAAAAUGAAAGAUAUAUACUUUUUGUUGGGCGAUUACUAUUUCAAAAGAGAGGACUAUAAAAUGGCAAUAAAAUUCAACAUGUUGGACGUAAUCUUGAAUAACGAUAGGUUGGAAUCUUGGGCAGAAAUAUCGCUUGCUAAAGGCGUACAUUUAGAGAGAGUUUUAAAUUCUUGCAAAAACUUGAACAACGAAAGGGAGUUUCUUAACCAAGCAAAAUUAACAAUACGGUGUUUCAAGCGAGCCUUAACUUUAGAUUCGACACGUAGCGAAUUGUGGUUAGAGUAUGGAAAUUUCGUGUACACGGUUCAUUCUUUCUGUUCUAGACUGUUGAAGCAAGCUAGCGAGUCAUUAAGUAUGGAAGAUUUUGAAUCGUUAGAAAAGCAGAAAGAGGAUAUGUUGGACAGCACAUACACAUGUUACAACACGGUUUUAAAUGACCUCAACGUCAGCAAUGACUUCGAUAAAACAAAUGAGAAUUCUUGGUUGUUGUAUUAUAUGUUGGGAAAAGUGGCUGAAAAGCGUAAUAAGGCACCGUCUAUAUAUCUAAGUUUCUACAUGCAAGGAGUCAAAAGUUUACAAGAAACUGACGCCACUUAUCCCUUAAAAAUUAACUACAGUACACCAACAAAUUUGUGUAUAGAAGUGUUAGAAUUACAUUACCGUAUACACGCUUCGAUUUUAAAGUUUAUCGAGCAACAUGAAAAUAAACCUAUUCCAGCGUCCGUUGGCAAAGUAUUUCUAAUGUGUAUCGAUGAAUGGCAAAAUGGACCAUUUAGUAAAAAGUCUAAGAAAUGCUAUGCAGGUGAGGACGGCGAUGGUAAAUCUCAGGAAACCGUGCACGCUGCUAAUAUACUGAAAAGAUCUGUUAGCGACGCAGGGGAAGAAGAUACACAUGAAGCAAAAACGAUGAAACUGGAGGCGGCGGCCGCCAAAGUCCGUAGAUCUGCUUCUUAUGAUACAGAAAGAGUUGCACACAAAGAUACGUUAAAUGAGUCGGUGGAAAAAUCAAGUAAGCCUAUGGAUACAGAUCAGACCGAAAAGCAAAACGUGGCCACGACAAAGGAAAAUGAUGAAAAGAUGUUAGAGAAAAUAGAAAAAGAACCAAAGACCACAAACAACACUACAAUAGUAGAAAAGAAUGAGAAAGAUCCGAAAGAAAAGAAGGAAGAAGGAAAGCCAAAUAGUGAGAAUAAUAAAGAAGAAAAACAAAAUAAAAAGGACGAGAGUUCGAGUAGUUCGUCAUCGAGCUCAUCAUCCGACUCGAGUUCCAGCGAGUCCUCCUCGGACAGCAGCAGCGAGUCCAGCAGAGAUAGCAACACAUCCACUAAGUCCUCGAACGAUAACAAACAAUUGACAGACGAGGAAAUUAUGAAGAUAAUUAUAGCUUGUUUGGACGCUCUCGAAGAUUGCGCCAGUCGUUUUCCGCCACAUUACAAAGCUAUUUAUCGACUGGCUCAUUAUCAUUUUUACUACAAAAAGGGCAAAGAUAUCGAAAGAUGCAGAGAUCUUAUGUUGUCAAACUUUACAAUGAGAUGCGGCCAAAAACUCGGCGGACUCUUCAGUGAAAGAAAAGCAACGAAUUUCUUUAAUAACAUUUGGAAAAUACCUUCGGCGGAAGUGGAACGAGGUGGCAGCUUCGCUUUUCAUAUGAACCGCUCUGUGAUGCUUACCAUGGAAAUAUUGAAAGAGAUCGACGACCACAAAACAUUACUCGAUUUACAUUUGCAUUUACAAAGAAUACCGGAUCUCGACAAGAAGUAUUUACGAGACUCUGAUAGAGAAGAGUUGGCACAGCAAGCGUUUUCUCUUUGUGUACAAUCAUUGAAAGGACAGUUGCUGAAAUUUAGUCAACAGGCAGACUUGAAGAGUAACGAAAUUGAACGUCAAACACUGAAAAGCUUGAUGCUCGACAUAUAUCGUGCGUAUCAAAGAGUUCAAAAGCAACCCAACUCGAAACAGUUAACAAAUUUGCUAAUAGACGCAUACAAACUAAUCCUGACCACACCUGUUCCAGAAAAUGCUAAUUUAGUUGAUCUCAGCAUGAAGUUCUGUCAGGCUCAUAUAAUGACACUCAAACAACAAGCGGCUUUAGCAAGUUUGGAUAAGAGUCAAAAUCAGCAAAAGAAACAAAUGCCUAAAACCGUGGAAGUAGUAAAGAGCACUCCCGCUCUUCCCCCGGCGCCGGUCAGUCAAGCGAAGCCCGAUAAACAACCCAGCUCACAAUCAGCUAGCUCGUCCGGCCUACCGAAAAUGUCGUCUCAUGAUAUCGCAGCGGCUUUCCGGAACUACCCGAUAAUAAACGAUCAACUACUCUCACAACAGACAGCGGCCGCUUUGUCAUAUUUCAGUAAAAUAAGCGCUUUAGCCGGUUACACCAGUUUGCAAAAUUCUCUGCAAUCGUCCAUGCAAAAUUCCUUCCAGUCAGAGUUCUAUCGACAGUAUCUCGGAAGUUAUUCUGGCUUCAAUCUGCCUCCGCCGAAGAAGCAAAAACGUGGCCCGAAACCCGGCACUACUAGGUCCAUAUCGGGUGUGUCUGCACCUAUAAAAUCAAAGUCAUUUACUUCCUCGUCAUUACCGUCUUCAGCGAAAUCCGCUCCGACAUCGGUUAUAACUAGCUUGCAGAAGUCUAUAUCUGGACCUUUGGCUCCUAGUAUGGGGACGGUUCUUCCUACUUUACCGGCAUCAUUGUCCGCAAAUAUACCCGGGUUCGGAGUCCCACCUACGUCUGCUCACUACAGCGGACAAAUUUCACAGCUGACGCAAGCCCAAUCGUCCAAUUCGUCAGCUCCGAAAGCCCCACUGACUCAUCAGCAAGUCAGUCCUGGCAAAACGUUACAGGAAAAGUUAGCAGAACGUAAGAAGCAUUUACCAGCACCAAAGAACGUAUCACAAGAAAUAAACGCUUCUAUAAGUCGACUACCUUCAUCUCUAACUAUUACGAAGACAUUUUCGUUAAAAAAUUCAGGGCUUCAAACUAAAAAACCAGAAGCUAAGAAAACUUUGGCGUUCGGAGAGGAGAGACCGAAGCCGAUAUCAUCUGAUGAAGUUAUUGUUUUAGAUGAUGAUUGAAAUAAGAAUAAAAACUAUUUAAUUAAAUUGUAAAUUGAA